AUGAUUGACAAUCACCGAGGUUGGCACGAGAUGUUACCAUAUGUUUUGUUGGGUCAUCGAACGACUGUCAGAACGUCAAUUGGAGCUACUCCGUAUUUACUAGUAUACGAAACAGAAGCCGUCAUACCCGCCGAAGUUGAGAUACCGUCUUUGAGAAUUACCCAAGAAGCUGAGUUGAGUAAUGCUGAAUGGGUUAGCAAAAGAAUUGAUCAGUUCAGUUUGAUUGACGAUAAGAGAAUGGUUGCCGUUUGUCAUGGUCGGUUGUAUCGACAGAGAAUGAUUCGUGCUUUUCACAAGAGAGUAAGAGCCAGAAUUUUUGAAGUUGGUCAAUUGGUCCUUAAGCGUAUUUUUCCUCAUCAAGAUGAAUACAAGGGAAAAUUCACGCCAAAUUGGCAAUACAUGGUUCGCAAAGUAUUAUCUGGAGGUGCUUUGGUCCUCUCGGAGAUGGACGGAACCGCAUGGUCGAAACCCAUAAAAUCAGAUGCUGUCAAGACAUACGACAUGUGGAAUAACUCUGAUUCGCAGAGCUAUUUGGCAAGCACUGACUGCUUAUUUUCAUUGCCUUUUGACCCACUUGCUUUAGCGAUCACUUUCUGUAAUAGAAGGCUAAACGUUGCUAUAUGGAGUAUUGCCAAGCGUGCUUAG